AUGGGAGGAGCCCCACUCGUGAGACCCGCUCGACCCCAAGGGCUGCUCUGUGCACUGUCUGCACAGCUCCGCUCAGUGUCCACGCGCUGCGGGCUGGCCUGUGACUGCGGAGACCCGCUCGACCCCAAGGGCUGCUCUGCGCACUGUCUGCACAGCUCGCUCAGAGUGUCCACGCGCUGCGGGCUGGCCUGUGACUGCGGAGACCCGCUCGACCCCAAGGGCUGCUCUGUGCUCUGUCUGCACAGCUCGCUCAGAGUGUCCACGUGCUGCGGGCUGGCCUGUGACUGCGGAGACCCGCUCGACCCCAAGGGCUGCUCUGCGCACUGUCUGCACAGCUCGCUCAGAGUGUCCACGCGCUGCGGGCUGGCCUGUGACUGCGGAGACCCGCUCGACCUCAAGGGCUGCUCUGUGCUCUGUCUGCACAGCUCGCUCAGAGUGUCCACGUGCUGCGGGCUGGCCUGUGACUGCGGAGACCCGCUCGACCCCCAGGGCUGCUCUGCGCACUGUCUGCACAGCUCGCUCAGAGUGUCCACGUGCUGCGGGCUGGCCUGUGACUGCGGAGACCCGCUCGACCCCCAGGGCUGCUCUGUGCUCUGUCUGCACAGCUCGCUCAGAGUGUCCACGCGCUGCGGGCUGGCCUGUGACUGCGGAGACCCGCUCGACCCCCAGGGCUGCUCUGCGCACCGUCUGCACAGCUCCGCUCAGAGUGUCUACGCGCUGCGCGCUGGCCUGUGA